UGCAGCGCUGUGGUGCGUUGAAUCAUGGCUGCCUCUGCAGUCAACAAAAACAGCCGACACAACAGGCAGAAAUGCAGCGAGCUGCCGCCCGCACAGGACAGAGAGAUCAUUAAACCCUCUAUAACGGAACUUACCAAAGAAGUGCGCACCAACAUCCUCUGCACUGUGGAAGGAUGCGGGAAGAUUCUGCCCAACACUCCAGCACUCAGCAUGCAUCUGGUCAAGUCUCACAGAGUCAAGGAGGGUCUGGUCAACCCUACAAUCAAGAAGGACAUAAAGGAUUCACACAAGCUCUUCUGUUGCCCAAUAGAGGGCUGCCCAAGAGGGCCAAAUAGACCCUUUUCUCAAUUUUCACUUGUUAAACAGCACUUUAUGAAGAUGCAUGCCGAAAAGAAGCACAAGUGUUUGAAGUGCAGUAAUAGCUAUAGCACAGAGUGGGACCUGCGAAGGCAUGCUGAAGAUUGUGGGAGGAUGUAUAGCUGUACAUGUGGUUGUCCUUAUGCCAGUAGAGCAGCACUGCUGUCUCAUAUCUACAGGACGGGCCAUGAGGUUCCCAAGGAGCACAGGUAUCCACCAGUGAAAAAGAGAAAAAUUGAAAGAUUGUCAAGCAGUGCAACAAACACUAUACUCAUCGAACAAACAUAUGAAAAACCAGACUCUAAGAAAAAUCUGAAUAAGGGUGCGGCCUCUACGGAGGCAGUCUCUGAAGCCCCAGCACAGCACAACACUAACCACCCUAGAAACAUCCAGAAGCUCCUACUUCCGAAGCCCAAAGUGGCCCUAGUCAACUUUUCUGUCAUGCAGCUGGCCCACCUGCCCGUCCUCCUCCCCUCCACAGUGAGCAGUGGAUUGAGGUUGUUGGUCUUCGCCGUGGAUGCACAAGGGUCUAUAAGCACUGUGCACCUUUUACAACCGUCAAUUAGUACGGCAGUACCUGAUCUGAACACUAAAACAGUGGCUUUCAAAGACGCCUUCCCUGUACCUAGAUCAGCCCCAGAAACCAUUUGCACAGGAGUACAGGUCAGUCUUGAGAACCUUUCCACUGUUGGUGAUUUAGUGAUUGAUAAUGGAUCCAGAAACAAAAGCACUUCAACAAACAUUCAGACCGACAUCUCAUACCUCAACACUGGUACAGAUGCUGGUCUAGUGACUGUUCCCCCCAACUGUGAGGCCUCAGUGUCUUCUUGCUCUCAGACAGACAUCAGUGUGAGCGCUCAGAUUCAGUUGCCUGUCAGCGUGCAAACCCAGACCUUACCGUCACGGAUCAGAGCCACGUCCUCCAUUGGGGCACAGACAGAUGUGUUUGGUUUUUCACCCUUAAAUGUGACUCGAGAAACACAGACAAGCUGUUCUGUGGUGGCCCCGGUGGAUAAAAGCCAGAUAGACCAAGCAAUGUGCUCAGAUAUUUUCGAUGCUGAUGUACUCAGUGUCUCCACUCAGACUGCAAUGACCGAUGCUUCUUUUAGAAGCAGUUGUUUAGAGGAUCCCCUGAACAGCACUGGAUCUGGGCUCUUUGAGAACAAGACUGUCGCAUCCAUGUGUUUUGGGGCCCAGGCUGAUAUUUUACACCAAAACCCAGUAGCAGACAACCAAACUCAAACCAUGAUACUUUUCCGUGACCUUGAAAACAUUCUAUCGGACAGCAUGGCUGGGACAGCUUCCAGCUGCACUUCAGGUUUAGUAUCUGUGCACGAACCACAUCACACUAGUAUUGACUUUGAUUUUGAGGAGUUCCUUAAUGCAACGCACAUUCAGACCCAGACGGAAGAAAGCAGUUUGAAUGGCCUGAAUUCAGAGACAACGUUGGAACUCCUGGACAUUGAGACACAGACUGACUUCCUGCUCUUCGACAAUCUUGGUGAUGGACACAACAACUACAUGGGAAUGAAGGUGCAACCUAAUGAUCUGGAGCUCGAGAUGUUUGACACCCAGACCCAGACAGACCUCAACUUCCUGCUAGACACGAGCGGGCACAUGCCCCUUGGCAGUAUCCUCAGACAGUGUAGUUUCAGCAUGAGCACAGAGUCCUCCGACACAGAGACACAGACUGACAUCAGGCCUAUUCCACUGCCUCUUCCCUGCUCCCAUGAUGGUCAGAACCGGCUCAGCAGUGCUGAAACCCAGACCAACUCUAGUUCAUUUCACAGCCUGGGCCAUCUCUUCCACACGAGUAAUGAGACCCAAACAGUGGUGGAUGACUUUCUGUCAGCGGAUUUGGCCUGGAACAUGGAGUCACACUUUAGCUCUGUGGAAACCCAAACAUGUGAGGAGCUUAUCUCGCUAGUUCCUCAUGCUGAUAAACCCAAAAGCUGAGAGCUCCAUCUAGGUGGCGGUUGCCUUUUAACAUAAUAGAGGCAGUCCUGGUAUCUCAUUCUGUAUGAGUUGCAGAGCUCAAAAAUUGCUCUCCGAGACUGCCUAAUCCAUAUCCAUGAUGUAUAGGUAAACCUUGAAAGCACAUCAAUGUAAUUAUUUUACUGAUUUAGUUUUAUUUUUGUUGCAUAUUAAUGUUCAUCUAAGUUUAGUGGUUUAGUACCCCCCAUUACAUAUUACAUAAAAUGCCUUGUCUGGUAUCAUUUCUUGUCUUCUAUUGUUUAGAUAACUGGGGUCUGAUUGUCUUUGUGCAUGUAUUUUUCGCCCUGGGCUGGUCAUUUGCUUUGUGGUAUAAAGCAGACGUAUGUGAUGUUAUGCUAUGCUCUUGACCCACCUAAUUAUUGUCACUGUAAGUAAAUCCUGAUUCAUUACAGAAUCCAUGUAGAUAUUUCUGGCAGACUGUUACGGCAUAAUAACUUUAAAAAUCAUAUAUAUUUAACCAGUUGAACUUGCAUCCUAAAGAGAGUUCACCCAAAAAAUAUAUUUCUCAUAAUUUACUCGCCCUCAUGGCAUCCCAAACUUGUAAGACGUUCUUCUGUGAAACACAAAUGAAGAUAUUUUGAAGGAUGUAUGAGUUUUUUUUUGUUGUUGUUGUUGUUGUUGUUGUUGUUGUUUUACACGUCAAAGGGGUCCAAAACUUUCAAGCUCCAAAAAGGACUUCAAGGCAGCAUAAAAGUAAUCCAUAAUAUUUGAGUGCUUUAAUCCAUGUCCUUGAAGUCACUAUUAAUCUUGACGUCCAGCCCAAAGAUGGUGAUGCUUUGAUGCUGCAUGCAGUUGCCAGGUACUCCAUUCCAAAUGAUGGAAUUAAUGUAAUCAACUGAAUGUGAACAAGCUUCAUGCCAAAGAGAUGUCAAGAUUUAUAUUGAAAAAGGACUUAACAUUUCUCAUCGGUUCAUACCGCAUAAGAAGACAUGGAAUAAAACACUUGAGUCUUAUGGAUUCCCUUUAUGUUGCCGCCUUGUCCUUUUAGGAGCUUGAACGUUUUGGACAUUGUAUUGACAAAUGCACCUCAUAAAUCCUUCAAAAUAGUGUUGUUUGUGAGUUUGAGAUAGUAUAAGGGCGAGUAAAUGCUGAGAGAAUUAUAUUUUUGGGUGAACUAUUCUUUUAACUUACUAUGCAUGUUUCAGAUGUUACAGUUUCUUUAAGAAACAGCUGAGGCAUUGCUCUUAUUUACUAUGAUUCGUAUCUGUACUAUGAAUGAUCAUUUAAAUAUGCAAAUCCCAAACGUUUGCUGUAAAAUGAAACCUUUAAUAUUUCUUUGAAAGCAUGUAUUAAUGUUUAUAUUAAAUGUAUUUAGCCAACUUUAUGUAUUUUAAUUUUCAGUUUACCCAUAUUACACUUUUUGUUGGUGCCUUAAUUUAAGUGUUCAGUAUGUAAACAUGCUUUUGAUGAAAUAUCAUUCCUGAUGCUGCUUAAUGGGGAAGCAGAAUUGCUUUCCUUGUUUGGUUCUUUGUUUUGUUAGGAUAUUUGUGUUUGUGUGUUUAUUUGUUUAUGCUGCUUUUGAUGAUUCAUCUGUAUGGAUGGAUGGUGUAAAAUCACCAGCUCGUUCACUACUCAUUAGCCUUACUGCACUAAAUAUGAAGCUAAGCAUUGCCUCAUUUUCAUGAAGUCUUGUAUAACAAAUAUUGUAUGCUAUUCAGUGUUUUAGCUCAAAUGUCCCUUUGUUUGUACUCUGGUACUGUAUGUAGUGGGAUUUCGACAGCAAGUAGAAUGUAAGUGAUGCUGUGUACAAUAUUAAGUAGGAUGCUUCUCAGCAUUGUAACCGCUAAAGAGUUUGAUUCCAUCCUUAAACACUAUGAAACACUUUAAAAAUAUAUCAUUUAGAUCUUGCACAUGAAUACAUGAUAAUUAACAUUAAUUUAUAUGUUAAUUAUAUUUAGGUAAUGAUGAUGUUAUCAUAGUAAAAGCUAUUGCUAUAGAGACCUUGAAAGAGUCCAGCUCGUAAGUGUUUAUCUGUGAAGUGUGCAUGCUGUUUUUUUGUGCCAAGAAUAUAUUUUGAGUUGCAUUUUGUAUUUUGCCAUCAUCAACAUGUGUCUUAUUUAAGUUGGUAUAAAAUAUGAUUUAUAAUCAUGUAUAUUAAUAAUUCUAUAGUUAUGUUUAUGUAUAUUCUUUAGGGGCUGGCUCGGUGUAUCAUUUGAACCUUGGCUAUGUUCUGUUGUUUGGUCUAUCCUGUAGUAUAUGAAACAAAAAAUAAACUACAGAGUAGACUUUUGUGGGUCAUUAAUAGGAGAGGAAAGAAUAAACUGUUAUGCUUUUAUACAGAUACUUCAAUUUAAUUGCUUAACAGAAAUUCUCAAUUUGAAUAUUUAGGAUAUAUUACGUCCUACACAAAAAAUUAAAGCAACAAAUAAUUUUUUAUGAUCUUUAAAACUAGGCUUCAAAUUGAAUAUUAAGAAUUAGAACUAUCAGAUUUUAUAAAUAAAAAACAUUUUGAAUUUGAUGUGUAUUUUUCUCACUUUUGGUUGUAUUUUCACCCUGAACGCACCUUAAUUGCCAACUCUGGUCAAGCAUAAUAUCAAUGUUUAUGUUACACCGACAUCUAAAAACAAUUUUUCCCUUACAUGCUCAAUUAUUAUGGAUAUUCAAAAUGACAACAAUGAAUAAUUGUCCUGAGCAAGUAUUGUAAAUGUUUUAAGCAUAUCAGGGUCUCUUUCGAUGAGGAUUUAAGGCACAUUUAUCUGGUCACUGCCAUGUAGAGCAUGACAAAUAAAUGUCACAGAAUAUAAAUGACUCUUUGAAACAGAUCUGAAAAAAUGCAACAAAGUUUUAUUACCAAGCAAAGCUAUGGUUUCGUAUUUAUUUGUAAAAACAAA